ACCGUGACAUGGAUGCCAUGCUAGGCUAUGCGGAGGGUGGAAGCCCAAAUGUCAGACGUCAAGAACACAAACCGGUUUAAGCGCUCGCACGAUGACUGAGCACCACCAUGCUCAACAGGGCGGUCAACACCACUGUUCUCAUGGCCAUCCCCAUAGCUCUCACCAUCAUGACCACGAAGAUCAACAUAAUUUGAAGGAAUUCAACAGAAACCAUUUUGACGAGCAUGCUCAUCAGUACAAUGAUCAUCCCGAAGCGCGGGGGCUUGCUCGGCGACUUGGGGCAGCUAUGAUCAACGCUUAUCCAUUCAAGGAGGACUCAACAUUGGUUUUGGAUUAUGCUUGUGGCACAGGUUUAAUCUCCCAAGAACUCGCUGCACAUGCCAAAUGCAUCGUGGGUGUGGACAUCAGCCAGCGUAUGGUUGACCAGUACAAUCAGAGUGUCGUAAAUCAGGGUAUACCAUUUGAGGAGAUGAGGGCUGUGUGCUGUGACCUUACCGCUGCUCCAGAUCAGCUGGAUGGGAUGAAAUUCGAUGUGGUCGUGUGUGCGUCAUCAUACCACCAUUUUCCUUCUAUCGAAGAGGUCACGAAGGCUCUUGCAUCGUACCUGAAACCCGGGGGUUUACUCUUGGUCGCAGAUCUUAUGAAACCAUCUUCUGCAGAAUCUGCACAGGAGUUAUUUCCCACCAAUGCGCACCAUAUCGUCGCGCACAGUGGUGGAUUUGAGGAGGCGGACAUCAAAGCCGUAUUUGAGGGUGCUGGACUGAUUAACUUUGCAUUUGUGACAGCUUGCAAGGCGAAGAAACAUGGACAUUCUGUCCAGCUAUUCUUGGCCUCUGGGACCAAGAAAGUCACUGAGGAGGCAUAAAUUACUCCGUAU